UGGACGUUUGUAAUGUGAAUGAUGUGCCUUGCUCAAAACAAGUAGGGAAACACUGGGUUAAACUAAAGCCACAAAGAAUAAUUACAUAAGAAAUGACAAAUAAAGUAGUUCUGAAUGAGCUACGUUCCAGCCAGUAGCUUUCCUUGACCCCUUGACAAAGUCAGAUAAAAUUGGCUUUAUUUAUCUACAGAUUGAUGAUAGCAGUAGCAAGGACAAAGAAAUGGCCAAGCCACCCACGGUUCUCCAUUUGUGUCUUUGGAACAUCAGUCAAGUGUCACUGCAAGGCAGUGAAACAUAUUUUUUUUUUGGAAAUAGUCAAAAGCAACAAGUAGGAAUGAUGGCGAGUCUCCUUGCCUUACAGCAGGAUGGUCACUGGUUUGAUUCCUUGUGGUAACUGAUUGACUUUCUGUAUGGAUUUGCUUGUUGUCUCUCAGUGUGUGUGUGUGUGGUUUUUAUCCUGGUACUCUGGGUUCUGUCUGUAUGAAUGUGACUAGUUGUUUGUAUCUGUAUGGGGCCCUGUCAUGGCUCCAUCCUCUCUUUAUAACUGCUGGGAUGGAUCCAGCUCCCCCUGUGAAAACCAAUUAAGCCCCGGGUGAGGGAUAAAUAAAUACAACGACAGUAAGAUUACCAGGUUUUUGCAAAUAUGCUCUAAGGAAAAGUACUUGACACCUAAAACUUUCAACAUUCAGUGUCCUUAGUUCAGAAAUGUAACCCACUCUCAUCCAACCGUCUGUUCUGACUUUAUGUUUUAGUGUAAUUAGUGUAGUUGUCCUGGUUAUUGUGUGUUUACUACAGUGAUUCACUAUUCAGCCAUAAAAAAAAAAACCCAUAAAUUUAUACCUAAUUGACCCGAAAACUAUUGUUUAUUUACUUUAUAAUGUGUCUUUGUUUGUCUCUGCCACAGUGACAGGCAGAAAGAUUAAAUAAAUUAAAUUAAACAAUUCCACUUUGUGGCAGCAGAUGGCUGUAAAAUUAAAAAAAUAAUAGGGAUUCAGGGCUGUUGAAGAAGAUCUUUGUGUUUGUCUUCCUUCAAUUCCUGUGGGUUUAUCAACUGCUGUUGUGUUCCACGAAAUAGGCCAAUGUUUCAGAUUGAGUAAAUUGUGAGUUUAUAUCACAUUAUAUCUUAUUUCAUGUACUUUUUUUUGACAAUCUGUUCUAGAUUUUGGAAAAACAAAAUACUGUGAGUUGUUUGUUUGUUUUUUUUAUUCAGAACGUAUAUCUUUUUUCCACGCCAUUAAGGUCUCUCUAUAUAUUGUUGAAAUGUUGAGUCAGAUAUAAAUUCAGGAAUGAAUCCUUCACCAGCAAAACAACUAAUGCAGAACCAUCACUCAUUUAAUGCUCUGCUGCUCAGAUCAGAGUGAAAAGGAAGGUCGUAGAUAAAUAUGGCAGAGUCUUAUUUUGAUGCAAUAAAUGUCUGUGCUUCUCCACUCUGUUUAUCUGCAGCCUCUAUGAUAUUAACUUCUCAUCUCCCUUCUCACCCCUCACCCCUCACCCCUCACCCCUGCCUUACCCACCCUUUUAACGUCUGUUGGAAGGUGCUGCCAAGCAUACUGCAGAAGCAUUGCUGCAUCUUACCAGACAGGAACACAGGUGUGAAGAGGUUGCUGAUGAAAUUGAAGAGCAGGGAGAUAUACUCAGACCAGCAGUAUUCAUGGUCGCCCCCACAGUACUUCGAUGAGGACAGCUACUCUCCUCCACCCAGGAACAUGAAGGGUCUCUCCGGCGGCCGCCCCACCCAGCUCCAACUCACCUCUCCCACCUCAGCUCAUGCCUGUGUGCUGGCUGAAUGUGACCACUCCCUGGACCACCACCUUCAUCACGGCGAUGUAAGGUCACCGUCCUACCUUCUCAGCCCCACUGAGUCCUGCCCUCUUGACAGUCACCGCCGCUGUUCCCCACGGAGCUCCAUCCACUCCGAGUGCAUGGUGAUGCCGGUGUCCAUGUCAGCCACGGACCACUCCAUCUCCAGUAGCACUUUCCCCCGCAUGCACUAUGGCAACGUGUCACGGGAAAGCGGUGGUAACGCAUCGAGUGGCAGGGACUCCAGAGAUGACGGCGGCUCGUCUUCACACGGCGGCAGUGGCAAAAUGAAUCGAAUCCCCGCAAACCUCUUGGACCAAUUUGAAAAGCAGAUGCCCUUGCACCGGGAUGGCUUCCAUACGUUACAAUACCAACGCACUUCUACCACGACAACCACCACGGAGCAGCGCAACGAAAGCCCGGGGCGCAUACGGCACUUAGUUCAUUCUGUACAAAAGCUUUUUACAAAGUCGCACUCCCUGGAAGGAUCCUCCAAGAUGAACGGUACUAAGAACGACUCGCACAGGGACGGCUCGCAUCACCACCACCACCACCACCAGGGCCACCACAAACACAGCAAACGCAGCAAAAGCAAAGACCGCAAAUCCGAUGGCAAGCAUCGCUCCGGAGGCUGGUGGAGCUCGGAUGAUAACCUAGACAGUGACAGUACCUACAGAACGCCAAGCAUAAUGUCACGCCAUCCAGUGGACCACAUCAGCCACUGCUACCCUGACUCCAUGCACAGUCACCUGGCAGGAGAUCUGUCCCUAAAGACUUCCAAGAGCAACAACGACGUCAAGUGUUCAGCCUGUGAAAGCAUCAGCAUGGCACCGGAGGGCAAAUUCAUGAAGAGGAGCUCCUGGUCAACGCUAACGGUCAGCCAAGCCAAGGAGGCCUACAGGAAGUCCUCACUCAACCUGGAGAAGCCAAUGACACCCACGGACCUCAAGCCAAACCUCAGGCCCUGUCACUAUCUACAGGUGCCCCAGGAUGAGUGGGCAGGAUACCCCGGUGGCGGGAAAGAUGACGAGAUCCCCUGUCGUAGGAUGCGCAGCAGCAGCUACGUCAAAGCCAUGGGGGACGAGGAGAGCGGCGAGUCAGACUCCAGCCCCAAGACGUCGCCACAGAAGUCAGUGCGACCAGACGCUCUGGUCAAGGCCAUUAUCAGACCCAGGGACUUGUUGGACUCCCAGAGUCAGAGCUACCAUUUGCAAGCCGCCAGGGACAUUCACCCAAGCAUUGCACUGGAUCCGUCCACUAACUACAACUCACCCAAGUUUCGCUCCAGGAACCAGAGCUAUAUGCGAGCUGUCAGCACCCUGAGUCAGGCUAGCUGUGUUAGCCAAGUGAGCCAGGUGAGUGAAACAGAAAUAAAUGGCCAGUUUGAGUCGGUGUGCGAGUCUGUGUUCAGUGAGGUGGAAUCCCAGGCCAUGGAGGCCCUGGACCUCCCUGGAUGUUUUCGUACCAGGAGCCACAGCUACCUGCGAGCCAUUCAGGCCGGUUAUUCCCAAGAUGAUGAUUGCAUCCCCCCUAUGGCAUCUACCGUCACCUCCACAAUCAGGUCGACUACAGGGAUCCAGUUCCGCCUCCCCUCCACCCACAGUUUUGAUCGGACUGCCCAGCAAACCCCAGCCAUCACCUACACUCCCAACUACAAGAAUCCCCCGCCUCCAGUCCCACCACGCAUCACCUCCAAGCCCCUCAUCUCCAUCACAGCCCAGAGCAGCACUGAAUCCACGCAGGAUGCCUACCACGAGGCGAGGCUUCCCCACGGAGGGAUGUGGUCUUCAGACGGCCUCAGCAUGGGCCUCGCCCCGGGCCGCGCCCUGUACAACUCCACCGACAGCCUGGACAGCACCAAAGCUGUUACCAUAGCCAUGGAGGCGGCGGGGGUCAUGGCUGGGAAGAGGCACCCCUCCACAGACAGCCACAGCUCGGUGCUAACCUGCGACAAGGCCAUCCUCGUGUCAAAGGCUGAGGAGUACCUCAAGACCCCAAGAUCCUCUAUCGGGAUACAGGUGGAGGCAGCCACUGACUCGGAGUCCGAGAGCAAGAGCUCGCCAGAGUACCACUCUGUGGGGGUCCAGGUAGAAGACGACAAGAAGGGACAGGGCAGGUUCAAACGCUCCAACAGUGUGACUGCAGCGGUGCAGGCUGACAUGGAGUUGGAGGGCUUCCCCACCAUGGAGGACAAGGGCCUGCAGUUCGGCGGGGGCUUCCAGCGUCACUCCGAGCCCAGCACGCCCACGCAGUACGGUGCGGUGCGAACCGUACGCACGCAGGGGCUGUUCAGCUACCGCGAGGAUUACCGGACCCCCACGGAACCGGCCAGCCCGAGGGAGACCACCAGCGACACCAACUGGCAGCUGGAGCCCCCCUCCCCACGGGAGAGCACGGUCCUGUCGGUGGAUUCCGGCAGGGCGUCCCCCUCCCUGCGUAGAGACGGCACCUGGUUCAUGCAGCUGCUCCACACGGAGACCAAGAGGAUGGAGGGCUGGUGUAAAGAGAUGGAGGCAGAAGCCGAGGAAAACGACCUGUCAGAGGACAUCCUGGGAAAGAUCCGGAGUGCAGUAGGAAGCGCUCAGCUGCUCAUGUCUCAGAAAUUCCAGCAGUUCUACUGGCUGUGUCAACAAAACCUGGACCCCAGUGCCAUGCCUCGACCCACUUCUCAGGACCUAGCGGGGUUUUGGGAUUUACUACAGCUGUCUAUUGAUGACGUCACCGUUAAGUUUGACCAGUUACAGCAGAUCAAGAACAACAACUGGAGGCCUAUCGAAAGCCCGGAGAAGAAGCCACCAGCUCCCGUACCAAAGAAGACCGUCCGACAGAAGAGUGCAGUGACCAGGGAGAAAUCUUUGGACCUUCCAGACCGGCAUCGACAGGAAGCUCGUCGACGGCUGAUGGCAGCCAAGAGGGCGGCGUCUUUCAGGCAGAACUCAGCCUCGGAGAGAGCGGACAGCAUCGAAAUCUAUAUUCCCGAGGCUCAGACUCGACUUUGAGAGGACAGGGUCAGGGUCCGACCAGGACCUGCUCCCACCGUCAAACAACUCUAAAAAUAGCCUUUUUUUCUAGACUGCUUUUCUCCUUACUCCUACGUUAUCCAUCCGUCAUCUGAUCCGGAUCGCCAUCUUCAGUACCAUCACCAUCAUCGCCCUGCAGGAGGCGCCCAGUCUCUUCUCGUCGUCGGAACAUGUGGAAGCAGAAGCGUGUGACGUGGGUUGCUUGGAUUUCUUCUUGGUUUGCUGGUGGUCCCUGUACCUGGCCUACGGGCUCCAUAACCUGGAUCGGUACCGGUGUCGUUCUUCAGCAUUUGCAAAGUGCCAUUUAAAAAGUGCAGCUUUGAAAAACUACCAGCAACCAGGCCUU